AUGCAUCCUGUCACAGCCGUGGCUGCUGGCCUUGCCUUCAUAGGCUUCGUCAUCUAUGGCUUCAUCAAUGCUGUGGACAAGUACAACAAGAAGUACAUGUGCCACAAUCUUCCAGGACCCGCGCUUGUACCAUGGGUUGGAAGAAUUCAUGACUUACCGAUUGACUUCAUGUGGUUGAAGUUCAAGGAGUGGGCUGACAUAUAUGGACCAAUUUACCGAACGCAGAUGUUGGGCGCCAACUUUGUAAUAAUAUCCGAUGAGGACAUGGCGGAAGAAAUGCUGGUGAAGAAGGCCAAAGUGUACUCCGAUCGUCCCGAGAUCAAGAGCUUGUUCGAUGCGAAGAGCACAUAUGGAUCGAUGGAAUACCUGCCGUUGAUGGGGAAGAAUCAGUACUGGGCCCGACAACGGAAGUUCACUCACGCAUACCUCAUGGAGGGUACGAACGCACAAUACUGGGGCAUGAUGGAGUUUGAGGCCAAGCGAUGGAUGGCUCGACUUGUAGAGAGCCCAGACGACUUUGCCUUCUCGCUGGAAGACAUGUGUUCGAAGGUCAUGGCAAAACUGACCUGGGACGAUGACUCUCUCAGCGUCCCUCUUACACCGAGCGCUUGGGGUCUGCUGACUCAAAUGUCGCCAGCAGGUCCCAUCACCAAUGUCUUAACGCCCCUUUGGGAUUGGGUUCCAGAACCAAUCAACCCGUGGAAACUGCGUGAGCGCAAGAGACACGACAUGCAGCAAGCCUUUUUUAUGGAAAACUUUCUCAGGACCAGGGAGCUGAUGAAGAGCGGCAAACAGGGCCCUUGCUAUACGCGUACCUAUAUUGAGACGGCAGCAAAGUCGAAUAUUUCUGGCGACUAUGAGGCAUCGUGCGUCUUGGGAAUGUUGGCGCUUGUUGGUAUCUUCACUGUCGCCGGCCCACUGUACUAUUUCUUGAUCGCGAUGGUGCAUCAUCCUGAGUGGCAGCGCAAAUGUCAGGAAGAGAUCGACACAGUCUGCAGAGGUCUUCCGCCAACAAUUAAUGAUAUGCCCAGCUUGCCCAUCCUGCGUGCCUGUAUUAAAGAGACCAUGAGGUGGAAGCCGACAGUACCGACUGGAGUGGCGCACGAAGCCGAAGCUGAUGACUGGUUCCGAGGGUACUUUAUCCCCAAAGGCACGCGCAUUCUUCCUCUCGACUGGGCUUUCCUUCGCAAUCCCGCAAAAUAUCCCGAUCCUGAUACUUUCCGACCUGAGAGGUGGCUCGAGGCUGGGUGGCCCACUUUCCAAGAGCCACUUACCAAGUAUCCCACAAUUCAUGGCAUGUCUUCUUUUGGAUGGGGCCAACGUCAGUGUCUUGGAAUGUCUGUCACUCGCGACGAGACUAUCACCGGUUGCGGUGCCUUGAUGUGGGCUUUCAACCUAAAGAAGAAGGUGAAUGCUGCGACUGGCGAGGAGAUUGAGGUCCCAACAGCAAAGUCAAAUUCGCUCCUGAUCAUUAAGCCGGACCCAUUUGAGAUGGCGUUCGAGCCAAGAAGUGCUAAGAGGAGAGAAGAAGUGCUGAGCAUAUGGAGGGACGCUGAGGCGAAGGAUCUUGUCGAAAGAGCUGACUUCCUGAAGCGGACAGAAGCGUCUCUGUUCCAGCUUUAG